AUGAACAAUAACUAUGCUGGGCCCAAGGCGCAACGCCGGCUGUCAGACCCGGCCAAGAUGCCGAUGGAAUUGUGCAAGUUUCUGAAUAGAUGGAACGACGUUGAGGGUAGGUUAACAUGUUUUUGUACUUUGAGAGAGCUUGGUAGAUAUAUUUCAUGUUCUUAUGUGUGUUACCAAUGUAUGUUAUCGUAUCUUAAGUAGCACAGUUUGUGUUUGGCGGUCGCGGUUACGCAACAGAUAACUAUUUAUAAAGACGCCUUACUAUAAGAUGUUUUCGAUCGAGAUUUCGACGUAUUAUAGUUUUUUCUCGAAAUGAUAUAUGAGGAUGAGAAGUUGCGUAACGCUGCAAAUAAUUGUGUUUUAACAAUUUUCGAAGGAAUUUCGUUGUAAUUUUGGGAUUCUCAGCUACAUCAGUUUCAAAAAGUACAGAAGUACGCUGUAAAUCUUAAUAUUAAAUCUAUAAAAAGCAACCAUUGUAGACACUAUUUAUUAAGAAUAUAAGUCAUCAAAACAUAUCUCAAUUUGUAAUUGUAAAAGUUUAUUUUUAGUAAUUGAAGUAGUAGAAAACCCCCCACAAGUACCACACGACAAAGCCUGGAUCAAGACGUUUUUGAACAAACUGAAACUACGGUUAUGCACGAUCACCCACUGUGGCAGGGAAAGGAAAGGUCAAGAUGAAGACAAGUUCUUUGACGGUAAGACUACUUUGGUCAUAAACUCCAAAGAAUGUGACAAAAAGAAUGUCACAAGAAUAGAUCUUUUGUUCUUUAUGAUAAUAUUCCUAACUUGUUUCUUAUUGUAGAUGACGAUGGAGUUAGAAGACGAUGCUUCUCGACUAAUGCCAUCAGAGCCGACAUGGAAGUGAAUAUUCCAGAAUGUCUGAACAAUCGCCAGAAGCGAGUUUGCUUUGGAAUCAAGCAAAAAGUAGGUUCUUUGAAGUCUCUGUAAAGGUUGUUCCUUAGGUAUUAGUUCAUUUAAAAAGAAGUUGACAUAGCCUUCUAGAUACUUUAGUCAUGUUAUCAUUUACAGGAUGACGAUGGAAAGGGUCCAUGUGAACUUCGUCCCAUUCUCAUGCGUCGUCGCAACAGUGUCACUAUGGGGCAGUUGGAGAAGCUACCGUACGCACACAUGGACUACGACACCUUUAAGGCCUGGAGACGUGGCAGUCGGCUGUCAGACGAUGUAGCUCAUAUGCCGGACUAUAAACCCUACAAACCGUUGGACUACUUAAGAAGAUCAGAACGGAAGAUCAAGGAGAAGACAACGCCCAUCCAGAAAGUGGUCAAGAACUUUGUGAAAGGGUGUCACGGUCCCGAACGCAAUCAGUACAACUCCUCGGGGUUUGCCAUCUGA